CAUCGGCGUUGCUACGAUGACAACACUCUGUCAAUCUGCCAGAAUACGUGGCCCGAAGGUUUACGUGAUAUCAGGAUAUUGUUUAUAUUUUUUACUGCAAUAUUUCGUUUAUAAAUCCCUCUGAAGCCGUAGAACGGCUUCAAACAAAAUGAUGAAUCCAAUGUACCUGCCUCCGGGGCAAAACAAUAAUGCACCAAAUAACCCCAUGGGUUACCCCCCAGCCCAAGAUCACAAUGGUGUACCUAAUGCCAACAUAUACGGCCAAACACCCACAAAUGGUCCACCAUCUAAACCCUUUGAUCAAAACGAUAUGUCCCAAAAAAUGCAAGGCAUGAACUUGAAUGGACCUCAAGGAUUUGGGCCCCCAUCUUCUCAAUUACCUCCAGGGCAAUUGCCUCCUGGGCAGUUCCCUCCUGGGAACAACUUUUCCCAACCAGGAUUCGGCCCUGGUCAAGCCCCGCCUGGACAAAGACCUGUCGGGUCGUUUCCUCCUGGUCGUCCCCCAGUUGGUGGAGCGCCAUCGCAAAUGCAACCGCCGAUGGGUCAAAAACCUCAAGUGCCACCUCCGUCGUCAACCCCUGGUCCUGUGCCCACGUCUUUCCCUCAAGGGUUUCAGGGCCCACCCUCAAGUCAGUCGAAUUUCCCUCAAGGUCAAUCCAUGCAGCAGCCGAUGAGCUCGCAACCUAGUCAACUUUCUGGAGCGCCAAUGGGACAACAACCUUUUGGUCCACCUGGUUCUAGACCCGGUCCAGGUCAAAUACCUCCACAGCAACCAGGUCAAAUGCCUCCACAGCAACCAGGUCAAAUGCCUCCACAGCAACCAGGUCAAAUGCCUCCGCAGCAACCAGGGCUUCCACCGCAGGCUUCCCGCCAGACGGGAUUACCGCCGCCAGGGCAUAAACCGGGAAUGCCGCAACCUCAACCAGGUUUUCAACAGCCUGGACAACCAGGUCUUCCGCAACCAGGUUUACCUCAGUCACAGGGCUUAUCACAGCAACAUGGGCCUCCGCAAUCCCAAGGAGGAUUACCUCCUCAAUCUAAUCUCAAUAGACCUGGAUUACCCCCUCAGCCUCAAGGCUUACCUCCAUCAUCUCAAGCACAGCCAGGCUUAAGCCAACCUGGUUUGCCUCCCCAACCAGGUAUACCACCUCAGCAAAACCAGCAGGGGUUGCAGCAACCAGGAAUGCCACCUCAAUUGUCUCAACCAGGUUUACCUCCCCAACCUGGGUUGCCACCCCAAGGUUUAUCUCAACCAGGCUUACCAUCUCAACCAGGGUUUUCUCAACCAGGCUUACCUCCACAACCAGGCAUGUCUCAACCUCAGCAGUAUCAAAACCAAGGGUUCAGUCAACCUGGAGUACCCCCACAGCCACAGUAUCAGAUGCCGGGGUUACCACAUAUGCCGCCCCCAGCUUCGCAGCAGAGGCAGUAUCCAGGGAUGCCCGCUAACCAGCCAGGAUAUGGACAGCAGCCUGGUUAUGGAAUGCCACCGGCGCCCGUCCAGCAGCAACCGCAGAGCUUCCAGCCCCCCACUUCAGGGUACCCGCCCCACCAGCCUCCGUUCCCUGGUCAGCAACCCAGCUACCCUGGACAGCAGUAUCAGCAGCCGCAGAAGCAACUGGAUCCGGAUCACAUGCCAAGCCCGAUUCAAGUGAUGGCCGAUGACCAGGCCAAUAGGGGGGGCGUGUUCGUCACCAACGAGAAGGGUCAGGUGCCACCGCUGGUGACCACAGAUUUCGUCGUCGAUGACAAAGGGAACGCGAGUCCCCGUUACAUCAGGAGCUCAAUGUACAGUGUCCCGGUGACCGCUGACCUCCUGAAGCAGACAUCCAUUCCGUUCUGUGUUGUUAUAUCACCGAUGGCGGAAACCGUAGGCGCUGAGCUGGAGCCCCCACUCCUGGACUUCGCGGCCCUGACCAACUCCCCCAGCAUGGGCCCCGUGCGCUGCGGCCGCUGCAAGGCGUACAUGUGUCCAAACAUGAAGUUCAUAGACGCCGGCAGGCAUUUCAAGUGCGCCUUCUGCAAAGCCACCACUGAGGUGCCGAUGGAGUACACGCAGUACGUGAACGGCACGCAGCAGUACGGGCGGGUGCCCGCCGAGAUGGCGCUCGGCGCUUACGAAAUCGUCGCCACUAAGGAGUACUGCCGGAAUAACACGCUACCGAACCCACCGGCGGUCGUGUUCGUCAUCGACGUGUCAUACAACUCCAUCAAAAGCGGUCUACUGGAUUGUGUGUGCGAGAACAUACUGAGCAUUAUAGAGGCUAUGCCCAAAGACGAGCAGACGGGCAAAAGCUGGACCCGCGUCGGAUUCAUCACAUACAGUUCAACAGUACAUUUCUACAACAUCAAGGGCACUCUGGCGCAACCGCAAAUGUUGUCAGUUGGAGACGUGUCGGACAUGUUCGUGCCGCUGCUGGAGGGCUUCCUGUCGCUGCCCGAGGACAGCGGCGCCGUGCUCUCGUCCCUGCUGGCUCAGCUGCCCGCCAUGUUCCAGGGGAACAAGGAGACGGAGACUGUCUUGUUGCCCGCCGUUCAGGCCGGCCUCGAAGCCCUGAAAGCGGCUGACACCUCAGGCCAACUCCUAGUAUUCCACACGACGCUGCCCACAUACAACGCUCCUGGGAAACUCAUCAACAGGGAGGAGAGGAAGUUGCUGGGCACUGACAAGGAGAAGCAGAUCUUAGCGCCUCAAACCACAGCCUACAACGAGCUGGGCCAAUCGUGUUCCGCCGCCGGAGUCAGCGUGGAGUUGUUUGUGUGCAACAACUCUUAUAUAGACGCCGCUACUAUAGGCCAGCUGCCGAGACUGACAGGCGGGCAACUACACAAAUAUACAUACUUUACCGUGGACAUCGACGGGCCGCGCCUGCUCUCGGACGUGUCGCGCGUGCUGGCGCGGCCCACGGCGCACGACGCCGUGAUGCGCGUGCGCAGCUCCACGGGCGUGCGCGCCACCGACUUCUUCGGGCACUUCUUCAUGAGCAACACCACCGACGUCGAGCUGGCCGCUAUCGAUUCGGACAAGGCCAUUGGCAUUGAAAUUAAACACGACGACAAACUGACAAACGAAGAUGGCGUCUACCUCCAAGCGGCUUUGUUGUACACCCAUCGCAGCGGCCAGCGGCGACUCAGGGUGCUUAACCUGGCUCUCAACGUGGCUCACCAGCUCGCUGACGUGUACAGGAGUGUGGAGUUGGACACCUGCAUCAACUUCCUCACCAAACAAGCGGUGUGGGCGCUGCGGGACUCCGCCCCGCGCGCCGUGAGGGAAGGCCUGUCGACCCGCUGCGCGCGCUCGCUGGCCUGCUACCGGCGGCACUGCGCCUCGCCCUCCUCCGCCGGCCAGCUGGUGCUGCCCGAGUCCAUGAAGCUGCUGCCUCUCUACACCAACUGCCUGCUGCGCUCCGACGCCAUUGCUGGAGGUGACUCUCUCUCUCUCUCUCAUUAUACACACUGCGCCUCGCCCUCCUCCGCCGGCCAGCUGGUGCUGCCCGAGUCCAUGAAGCUGCUGCCUCUCUACACCAACUGCCUGCUGCGCUCCGACGCCAUUGCUGGAGGUGACUCUCUCUCUCUCUCUCAUUAUACACACUGCGCCUCGCCCUCCUCCGCCGGCCAGCUGGUGCUGCCCGAGUCCAUGAAGCUGCUGCCUCUCUACACCAACUGCCUGCUGCGCUCCGACGCCAUUGCUGGAGGUGACUCUCUCUCUCUCUCUCAUUAUACACACUGCGCCUCGCCCUCCUCCGCCGGCCAGCUGGUGCUGCCCGAGUCCAUGAAGCUGCUGCCUCUCUACACCAACUGCCUGCUGCGCUCCGACGCCAUUGCUGGAGGUGACUCUCUCUCUCUCUCUCAUUAUACACACUGCGCCUCGCCCUCCUCCGCCGGCCAGCUGGUGCUGCCCGAGUCCAUGAAGCUGCUGCCUCUCUACACCAACUGCCUGCUGCGCUCCGACGCCAUUGCUGGAGGUGACUCUCUCUCUCUCUCUCAUUAUACACACUGCGCCUCGCCCUCCUCCGCCGGCCAGCUGGUGCUGCCCGAGUCCAUGAAGCUGCUGCCUCUCUACACCAACUGCCUGCUGCGCUCCGACGCCAUUGCUGGAGGUGACUCUCUCUCUCUCUCUCAUUAUACACACUGCGCCUCGCCCUCCUCCGCCGGCCAGCUGGUGCUGCCCGAGUCCAUGAAGCUGCUGCCUCUCUACACCAACUGCCUGCUGCGCUCCGACGCCAUUGCUGGAGGUGACUCUCUCUCUCUCUCUCAUUAUACACACUGCGCCUCGCCCUCCUCCGCCGGCCAGCUGGUGCUGCCCGAGUCCAUGAAGCUGCUGCCUCUCUACACCAACUGCCUGCUGCGCUCCGACGCCAUUGCUGGAGGUGACUCUCUCUCUCUCUCUCAUUAUACACACUGCGCCUCGCCCUCCUCCGCCGGCCAGCUGGUGCUGCCCGAGUCCAUGAAGCUGCUGCCUCUCUACACCAACUGCCUGCUGCGCUCCGACGCCAUUGCUGGAGGUGACUCUCUCUCUCUCUCUCAUUAUACACACUGCGCCUCGCCCUCCUCCGCCGGCCAGCUGGUGCUGCCCGAGUCCAUGAAGCUGCUGCCUCUCUACACCAACUGCCUGCUGCGCUCCGACGCCAUUGCUGGAGGUCCAGAUUUGACCUGCGACGACCGCUCCUGCGCCAUGUACAGAGCCCUCACGGCGGACGUGAGCACUUCAGUCGUGUACACGUACCCUAGACUGUUGCCGCUACAUGCUGGCAACACUCCGCUCCGGGCCAGCGUGGACAAGAUGAGCGACAGGGGAGUCUAUCUGCUCGAGAACGGCGUCCACAUGCUGGUGUGGGUGGGGUCGCAGGCGCCGCCGGAGUUCGUGCGCGACGUGUUCGGAGCGGCGUCCGCGCAGCAGAUAGACGCGCAGGUGUGCGAGCUGCCCGCGCUGGACAACGCGGCCAGCGCCAGGGUCCGGGCGCUGGUGGACGACGCCCGGGUCAGGAGGAGGGCGGCUAUGAGGCUAACAAUAAUGCGACAACACGACAAACUCGAGACCGUUUUGCGUCAUUUCCUAGUCGAAGACCGAGGCGUCGACGGCAGCGCUUCGUAUGUGGACUUCCUGUGUCAUAUACACAAGGAGGUCAGAGCGCUCCUAUAGCAUUUGUACGGGGCUUAUUAAGAGUAAAGCCUCUUAAAUUCUCGGACUUUGAAAUAUCAUUAUAACUUGCGUCAUUACUUAGUUCUGUGUUUUAAGGUGAAUAUACUCUGUCAUGUACACUAGGAGGUCAGGGCGCUGCUAUAGCAUUUGUACGGGGCUUAUUAAGAGUAAAGCCUCUUAAACUAUCGGACUUUGAAAUAUCAUUAUAACUUGCGUCAUUACUUAGUUCUGUGUUUUAAGGUGAAUAUACUCUGUCAUGUACACUAGGAGGUCAGGGCGCUGCUAUAGCAUUUGUACGGGGCUUAUUAAGAGUAAAGCCUCUUAAAUUCUCGGACUUUGAAAUAUCAUUAUAACUUGCGUCAUUACUUAGUUCUGUGUUUUAAGGUGAAUAUACUCUGUCAUGUACACUAGGAGGUCAGAGCGCUGCUAUAGCAUUUGUACGGGGCUUAUUAAAAGUUACAACCUCUAAUAUUAUCGAACUGUCAUUAUUAAUUGCGUUGAGAUGUCAUUGGUUCUUGUGUCAUUAUAGUUUGCCUCAUUUCUAGUGCGUUAAAAGUGUGUGCCUUUCUAUAACAUCGGAAUGAUAUUUAAAGUCUUUGUAUUAUUAGCACCAUUGGAACAUGAAAUGUAAUUUUUACUUGUGUCAUUAUUUAUCUUCUUUGUAAAUGUGAAUUUUGUCUAGACAAUGUAAAAUUAACAGUAUAUUUUAUAUUGUGUAGACAAGAUUCACAUCAUCAUCCUCAUAGUUGUACUCAUCAUAAUUGUACACAUCAUACUCAUAGGUGUACUGUUGGACUAUAAAAUUUCACUAUUGUUACAAUGUGAGUUUUAUAUACAUAAGGAAAUGAGGGCGUAUUAAGAGUACAGCCUUUUAUAUCAGCGAACUUAGAAAUGUCAUUAUUACUUGUGUUGAAAUAACAUCUGUUAGUUUAAUCUAAAUAUGAAAUAAUGUCUUGUAUUAUCUGGCAUUGUAUUUCAUUUAUUUGUGUCAUAUUUUUAUCUAAUUUCUCAGUACAGUGUUAUAAUGUGAAAUUCAGAGGUAUACAAUUGGUCUUUGAAAUGUCAUUAUUUCUUGCGUCAUUUCUAGUGCAUACAAAUACGAGCGUUUCUAUAAAGUCUUAAUGAAGUGUAUCAAAAGGUUUCAAUUAGGCUAUUCGGCUCCUCUAACUGUGAAAUGACAUUAAAUCUUAUUUUUUCUUGUCUUUGUAACCUGCCAUUUGUUAAUUUUCUUAACGGACCUCGAAUUAGAAGCCAACACAUGAAAAUAUAAUUGGUAUUUAGGAAUGCGUUAUUAUAUGAAAGAGAUGUAUAAUGUAAAUUGUUAUUAUUAGUAGAAUAGAAAUUUUAAUAUAAUAAAAUAUAAUCCUCUAAAAAUGUAUCAACAAUAAAUGUUUAUUUUUGAAGCUUUAUUUUUUUAUUAAAUGAUGAUUUCACUGUGUGCGUCAUUGACUUGCGGAAGCAGUUCUUCUUUCUACCGUGGGAGAACUCAAUGGGACUCGUGGGAUAGUCGGGGUUUUUCGGGACUCUGAUGAAAUUUUUAAUGUAGGUAUGUUGCAUGGAAAGCGUGUGGUUUAAGUAGAUAUUUAAUCUUAGUACUUACACAGAACAAAAUCAUUAAAGCUUCUGGUCUACCACAGAAAUAAUGUGUAAUUCGGAAUUUAACUUUAUUCAAAAUGGCGGCUGUGCGCACCGAGAUAUGUAAGCAUCUGUGUACUACUACCGUUGUAUAAUUGUCGUAAAUAAGUAAAUAAAUAAAUUUAAUACAUAUAUUUUAAACCCAGCCACGAGUUGUUGUGGCUCAGUUAAAUAUAUACUGUAUACUAAAUAUAUCUGUAUUACUAAAUAUAUCUGUAUUACUAAAUAUAUCUGUAUUACUAAAUAUAUCUGUAACAGAUCAAAAUAAAGUUACCUGAAGUUUUAAAAUUCAGCCCAUUAGUUUCUGAUUUACAUACAUUACAUAAGAUUUUUAUAUACAUACAUGCGUAGAACUUGUUACUCGUACUACUAAAAACUUCCAUAUAAUUCAAUAUUAAGGCAUUACUUUAAUAUUCAAUAUUUUUUUAGUUAGUUUUGAAGCUACUAAUUAUGAACUUAUGGAAAAAUAGUGAACAGUGGGGGUUUUUCAUUGACAAGUAGCCUCGUUGAAGAAAUCAUUUUUUAUGUUAUUUACUAAAUAUUGCUAGUAUUAUGGUUAGGUUUUUUUUCUAAUAUUAUGGAUAUUCUUAGAUUUGUAUCUACAAUUAGCUAUUUUUAAUCUAGAAAAUACUUAAUUACAUAAAUAUUGUAUUAUAUUUUUAUUUCACAUUUCAUCAUUUAUUGUCGAUUUUUAAAUAUUUUGUUAUAGAAAAAGAUAGCGAGUGUGUAUUCGCAAUGUUAUUCUAAUCCAAACUAAAUUUAUUAAAAUUAGUAGAUCAAAUAGAAAUUGUAAAAAUGUAAUAAGUAUGCAGAGAUCGUGGCAAGUGGGAAAAUGUAGUCUCUGCUCACCCCUCGGGGAACGAGACGUGAUUUUAUGUUAUUAUAUAAUAGGCAUUUUCCUAAAACGUUUAGUGUAAUGUAUUUUUAAAUAUUUUUUCGUUACAAGUUGAUGCCUUAAGUUAUGCUACUGACCAUGUCAACAUGACCAGGUUUACCUUUCACUGUAUUUUAAACUAAUUUUGCCAAUUUGGGAACGUGGUGUAUAAUCGGACCCCGGGCUCCUCCUCAGGAGAACAGAGCUAAACACCAGCUUAUUUCUUGUUUUGGAUAACUCAUUGGCAACUAUGUAUAUAAUUUCAAAAUUGUUAAAAAUAUUUAGAUUAUUUAAAAAAAAAUGUCUUAAGCAAAAUCGUGGUUAAUACCAAUUUGGUCACCUGGGUGAUCAUAAUCAACAAAAUUUGAUUCCACGUUUUUGUUAUUUAUAUACGAGUUAAAUAAUUAAUCUAAUAACGCACAAUUAAGUAAAUCUUAAAUGCUGUAAUUCGUAUAUAGGUAGUGUGGAAUGUCUAUUGAAUUUUCUAAAAUUGUGUAAUAAAUAAAGAAUAGUGGAAAGAGGUAUUCUCUGCCUUCCCCUCCGGGAAAGAGUCGUGAUUUUAUGUAUGUAUGUGUAAUAAAUUUUAAGGUAUGUAGGUACCACGGGCAAUAGUUAGUUGAUGUAUGUUCGUCUAAUAGUUGCUGUUAGAUUUAUAUGAAUCGCGAAUGUUAUGAUUUAUUUGUAGGUUAGAAUUUAUAAUAUUAUCUAACAGUAAUGUACCUAAGGCUCGCAUGUAUUGGAGUGUACAUAAAUAUAUUUGAAUUAUUAUGA